AUGAACGCUGGGUACUUAUCUGGCCUUGGGCUGCCCUUUGGAGGCUCGCCGACGCUCCUUCGCUGUCCUGAAGAGGGUCAGGGGAACCUGAGCGCCGUGCCACAGGCUCCCAAGGCCAAGGCCAAGCAGGAAGCCAAGCCAAGGCAGGACGUGAAGUCCAAGCCUGAGGCAGCCCAGGCACCUGCUCCAGCUACUGCAGAAGAGGACGCUUCAGAUGGCAGAAGCUUCCUGGAGAAGUGGAUUGAUACAGAGUUGGCAAAGGGUGGGAGAUGCCACGGCCAGAAGGUCUUGACGCGAUUCCCUCCUGAGCCAAAUGGCUAUCUGCACAUUGGCCACGCAAAGUCGAUUACAGUCAAUUUUGGCCUCGCUCAGAAAUAUGGCGGCGGCUGCAACCUGAGAUUUGAUGACACCAACCCUGACACAGAAGAGACGGAAUAUGUGGAGUCCAUUCAAGAGGAUGUCUGCUGGGUAUGUCAGGGCUUAGACAUGGAGAAAUGCAAAAAUGGCGGCAAGCCGUGGGUGGGAGAGCCGCUCUAUGCCAGUGACUACUUUCAGCAGAUGUACGACUUUGCGAUUGACUUGAUCAAGCAGGGCAAGGCAUAUGUGGAUUCGCAGACUCCUGAAGAGGUGCAAAAGAACCGUGGCGGUGGUCCGAACAAUCUUCCUGGAGUUGAUUCCCCUUUUCGCAAGAGAAGCGCGGAGGAGAAUUUGAAACUUUUCGAGGAGAUGCAGGCAGGAAAGCAUCCUGAAGGUUCACUCCUGCUUCGGGCAAAGAUUGAUAUGAACCAUCCCAAUAUGAACAUGCGGGACCCGCCCAUGUACAGGAUUCGGUUCAGUAGCCACCACCGGACAGGUGAUCGUUGGAAGGUGUAUCCCAUCUAUGAUUUUGCUCAUGGGAAUGAGGAUGCCAUUGAAGGUGUUACGCAUUCCAUUUGCACCUUGGAAUUCGAGAAUCACCGCGCUCUGUACGACUGGUUUCUCGCUUUGGUCCAGGCUGUGCCUUCCCUGGCCCGCGACGGCUGGGAGUUUGCGGUGGGAGCCUCCGCUUCCUCGCCCGCGUCGGGCACACAGCAAGCUGCCACCCCUGGGUCCUCUAGUCCUGUGCUCUUCCUUGCCAAAGGCGUCCCGUGCCACCAGGGAGGGCCGCCGACUCCUUACGUGGCGGUCCCGCCGGUCGCCGGCACUCCUCGAGAUCUUACUGCACGCGUGCUUUGCAUUCCUGUCCUUCGUCGCCCCGGAGUCAGCCCCGUGGAGGAAGACUUGCAGAUUUCGGUCGACGAUGCUGCGCUGAGCUGCUUGACUCAGAUCCAAGCCAACGAGCUCGCCUUUGCCGCUGUCCGGGCGGAUAACUCCGUGAUUACUUGGGGGGUUGUGGCACCAGGGCCAGUGCAAGAGGUAGGUGUCAGUGACCGGAACAGUGUGACACCCUGGGAUUUGGUGGAGGAGUGCUGGAGAGAAGAUUUGGAGCCCAUCAGCAAACGAAGACUUGCUGUGCUGGACCCUCUGGAAGUCGAGCUCAUCGAUUACGACAAGGAGGAGCUGAUCGAGGGCAUCACGGAUUUGCCUGACCAGUCCGCAACUUCAGAUCCCAGUUGUGCACGCACUCUCAGUUUCUCCAAGCGUGUCUACAUAGACCGAUCUGACUACCAGGAGAAUCCCCCCGAGGGAUAUUUCCGCCUUGGCAAGAUUGGCAGCGAAGUGAAGCUGAGAUACAGCUACGUCAUCAAGCUGGAAGAAGUCGUGAAGGAUUCCGCAGGGAAGGUGGUGAAGCUCAAGUGCAGUCAUGAUCCUGCAACGCGCGACAUCAUGCCAGAUCGGAAGCCUAAAGUCAUCCACUGGGUUAAUGCAAAGGACUGCUUGGAUGCUGAGGUUCGACUGAUCAACCCGCUCUUCCUCCCCAUCCCGGACCCUCUGCCUGAGGGCAAAGAUUGGGUGGAGUACAUGAAUCCAGAAGCGUGGAUCCAAUGUGCUGCCAAAGUUGAGCCAGCAUUGGGCCGCUGCACUCUGGAAGAUCGCUUCCAGUUUGAGCGCUGCGGUUACUUCGCGCCUGACUACGAUUGCUUUGGCAACACCCCGAAGCUAACGUUCAACCGAGUGGUGCCUUUGAAGGAGUCUUCCGACAAGAAGAAACUCGAUGGCUCCGAGUUCUCGGCGUACGACGAGGCAGGCUUGCCUACACACGACAAGGAUGGCAACGCUCUGCCGAAGAGCGCUGUCAAGAAGCUGGCCAAGGACCUUGAAAAGCAGAAAAAGCUUCACGAGUCCUGGAAGGCAUCGCAGAAGUCCUGA